UUGAUUAUAGAGUUGUAAAAUUAUAAAGCAAGUUUAAUUUUGAUUUCUAACGGCCUACAGUAAUUUUUAGUGUUCCCAUUAGUAAUUUGAAGUAUUAUGUUAUUUAUAUUGCUAUUAAAACUAUUUUGAGUUUGUGAAAUGGCCAACUCUAAUAUUUUUGCUAUCAGGACUUAUAAGUCCGUAUUAAAUUCAUUUUUUGUAACUUGUGUAUCGAGUUGUUUAGUUUCAUUAUCGACUCUUUUAAAUUUUUCGUUAAAUUUACAUUCAUUUUUAUUUAUACCAGUUGUAUUAGCUGCUGUGUUUGUGUUUGUAAAAGUUACAUUACGCUCUUAUGUCCGUUACAAUGUGCACUACCCAAAUCGCUUUCGCAAAGCCAUCAGAGGUAUUUACAUUCAAACAAUAUCCUGUGCUCUCUUAUGUUCAGCUUGCGCUUGGUGCUUUUCUUGUCUCAAUUCUCUUAAUACCAACAAAAAUCAUUGGUCAUUGAUAAAUGCUGGUUGUGCAGUUGCUGGAGGAAUUUUCCACUAUGAAAGCAUUUACACAGAUCAAGGUAUAUAUUUUCCAAUCAUUCAAACUACCAAGUAUACUAUGUUUAUGUCUAAAGUAUCAGAUAUUGUAAUAAAAUCUUUAAAGAAGUCAUUAAUUUACACUUUUUUUAUAUAUAUUCCGUUGUAUGGAGUCAAUCCUUCUUUAUGUUCAAAAGUUAAUUUUAUAUUACAUUUAUGGUUUUCAAUAUCAUUUAUUUUAUAUUUGUUUUUAUCAAUUGAACAUGUUGUAUAUCUUAAUAUGACUGAGCGAAUUAAAUUUCCAAUAGUAACUUUAACACAAGAGAAUUAUAGUCUACUUGAUGCUUUAAAUUCUAAUAUUAAAAUUAUUAAGUUAUUAGCGUUGUAUGACCUCUACCAAGCAACCAUAAAUGAUAUUUCUAGAAGAAAAGACAUAUUUAGUUUAAGUUUUGCAGGAAAUGUUCCACAAAGUUGGAAAACUAUAUUUAAUUUUUGUGUCAGUCACAUAGAACAUUCCACAGAAGAUUUGACCAAUUUUGUCAAACGUUUACCUCCUAUCACAGUCAAUCGACGAAUUAUAACUAAUGCCAGAUUAAUACAGUUGAAUGGUUGUACAAAAUCAAAUGAAGAAUUAAAUAAUAAACCUAAUAAAUUAACAUUAUUUCUUGAAAAAUCUAUUAUAUAUAAUUAUAUUUUUGGACCAUUAGAAAAAGAGAAAACUAUUGAGGAAUUUGAAGCUGUUGUAUGGUGUUGUUAUAUAUUAUCUAAUUUAGCUGUUGCUUCUUUAAAAGAAGAUGAAUAUGGUAUAGUCCGAGAACAUUUAGGACAAAUUGUUAGUUCAAUAAUAAACUUAAAAAGUCCUUUAGAAAUGCAAAGAAGAGAUUGUGAUGAUAAAAAUAUUAAAAUUAUAGAAUAUUUCAAAAUGCAUGUUAAGACAUGUUCUAUAAUGCUUGCAAUGAACUUUUCUAAGUAUGCCAACGAUAUUGGACUAGACGAUAAUCAACUAUGUAAUUUUAAAAAAUUAAUAGCUUCGAUAAAUGACUGUUAAAAUAUAUUUUAAUAAAAUAAUUGUUCUGUAAAUAUAUCAAUUGUAAGGUACCACUUUAAGUUAAUUUUUUUUUAUAUAUAA